UUGUGUAGAGGAAGUUUUGUUUUGCGAGUUUUCCGUCCGUUUUGACUCGCCGAGGUCCUAAUUAAUGCGCGUUAACAAAUACAAAGUUAUGUUACUACGAGUCACCUUUUUCAGCUAGGCGCGGGGGUUUUCCAAAGCGAGAUUCCAAGAGCCGGACUGACUGAAGCGGCGGCGCUAAACACUUUCAGAGUAACCCGAGAGUAGCUCGCUGCUAAGCUAACACUAGCCUUCGGACUGCGGUGUGUUGAAGGGCUCUCUGAGCUAACGAAGCCAUGGGGAACCGGGGCAUGGAAGACCUGAUUCCCCUGAUCAACAAGCUACAAGACGCCUUCAGUUCAAUUGGUCAAAGUGUCAACUUAGACCUUCCUCAGAUAGCUGUGGUCGGCGGACAGAGCGCAGGAAAAAGCUCCGUUCUGGAAAAUUUUGUCGGCAGGGACUUUCUUCCUCGCGGAUCAGGCAUUGUUACCCGCAGACCUCUCAUUUUGCAGCUGGUCAAUAAUAAAGCAGAAUAUGCUGAAUUCCUGCACUGCAAAGGAAAGAAGUUUGUGGAUUUUGAUGAAGUGCGGACGGAAAUUGAAGCAGAAACAGACAGGAUUACAGGAUCCAAUAAAGGCAUUUCUCCUAUCCCUAUCAACCUGAGGGUCUACUCCCCAAAUGUAUUGAACCUGACCCUGAUUGACCUCCCGGGUAUGACUAAAGUUGCUGUUGGAGAUCAGCCUCCAGACAUCGAGCAUCAAAUCCGAGACAUGCUGAUGCAGUUCAUCACCAAGGAGAGCUGUCUGGUCCUGGCAGUCACCCCUGCUAACAUGGAUCUGGCUAACUCAGACGCUUUGAAGAUUGCCAAAGAGGUGGACCCACAAGGUCUUCGUACCAUUGGUGUUAUAACAAAGUUGGACCUCAUGGAUGAAGGCACAGAUGCAAAAGAUAUUCUUGAAAAUAAACUGCUUCCACUGAGGAGAGGUUACAUUGGUGUGGUAAACCGGAGUCAAAAAGAUAUUGACGGGAAGAAAGACAUUCGUGCUGCACUUGCUGCAGAGAGGAAGUUCUUCCUGUCCCACCCUGCCUACAGGCACUUGGCAGACCGUAUGGGCACCCCUUAUCUGCAAAAGGCUCUAAACCAGCAAUUGACCAAUCACAUCAGGGACACACUGCCUGGGCUGCGUAGUAAACUGCAGAGUCAACUCCUCUCUCUGGAGAAGGAGGUGGAAGAGUACAAGAAUUUCCGUCCUGAUGAUCCAACUCGCAAGACAAAGGCCUUGUUGCAGAUGGUUCAGCAGUUUGGUGUGGACUUUGAAAAAUGCAUCGAAGGAUCUGGGGACCAGGUGGACACUAAUGAGUUGUCAGGUGGUGCCAGGAUUAACCGACUUUUCCAUGAACGCUUCCCCUUUGAGCUAGUCAAGAUUGUGUUUGAUGAGAAAGAACUGAGGAGGGAAAUCAGUCAUGCAAUCAAAAAUGUCCAUGGUGUCAGAACGGGGCUCUUCACCCCCGACCUGGCUUUCGAGACGAUUGUCAAAAAGCAGAUCCGCAAACUCAAAGAGCCCAGCCUCAAAUUUGUGGAUCUUGUGCUGACUGAAGUCACUGCUCUCGUCAUGAAGUGUGCCAAUAAGCUCAACUCCUACCCCAGACUGAGAGAGGAGACUGAGAGGAUUGUCACCACCCACGUAAGAGAAAGAGAAGGGAAGACCAAGGAUCAGGUCCUGCUGCUGAUUGACAUUGAGCUGUCCUACAUCAACACCAACCAUGAGGACUUCAUAGGCUUUGCUAAUCUUGACUACAGAAGGCUGGAUGAUGGUAGCUCCCCAGGGUACGGGAACAACAGUGCUCAGCAGAGGAACAUUGCUACCAACAAGAAGAGGGCAGUACCCAACCAGGGUGAAAUUUUGGUAAUCAGGAAAGGUUGGCUAACCCUCAACAUCAGCAUCAUGAAGGGAGGCUCCAAGGAAUUCUGGUUUGUGCUGACAGCUGAGUCUUUAUCCUGGUACAAGGAUGAGGAGGAAAAAGAAAAGAAGUACAUGUUGCCUCUGGACAACCUGAAGCUCAGAGAUGUGGAGAAAGGCUUUAUGUCCACAAAGCAUAUCUUUGCAAUCUUCAACACUGAACAGAGAAACGUCUACAAGGAUAAUCGACAAAUAGAGCUGGCCUGUGAUUCUCAAGAAGAUGUAGACAGCUGGAAGGCAUCCUUCCUCAGGGCGGGGGUUUAUCCUGAAAAAGACCAGGUGGAGAAUGAAGAGGCUGCACCUACAGACACCUUCUCCAUGGAUCCCCAGUUGGAGCGGCAGGUGGAAACUAUCCGUAACCUGGUGGACUCGUACAUUGGAAUCACCAACAAAUCCAUCAGAGACCUUGUGCCCAAAACCAUCAUGCACCUCAUGAUCAACAACGCGAAGGAUUUCAUCCACUCGGAGCUGCUGGCUUAUCUUUACUCAUCCGGGGACCAGAACAGCCUCAUGGAGGAGUCUGCUGACCAGGCCCAGCGUAGGGACGAAAUGUUGCGCAUGUAUCACGCGCUCAAGGAGGCACUACACAUCAUUGGCGACAUCACCACCAUCACGAUCUCCACGCCAGUUCCACCACCUGUAAAUGAUACCUGGCUCCAGGAUUCCAGCCCCACCCCUCAGCGAAGACCAGCUCCUGCGUCUUCCCAGCCCCCCAGCCGUCCACCUGCUGUUCGGGGCCCAACACCAGGACCACCUAUGAACCCUUCCCCGGCCUUUAAUACCUCUCCGGCGUUUGGUGCACCCCCUAUCCCCUCCCGCCCAGGUCCACUUGCCAAUGCCUUCAACAGCGCUCAGGAUCCCUUCAGCGCACCACCACAGAUCCCCUCCCGGCCAGCCCGUAUCCCACCCGGUGUACCCAGCCGAAGACCCCCUGGUGCACCGUCUCACCGGCCCACCAUUAUUCGUCCUGCAGAGCCUUCCCUGCUAGACUAAACCUGUGGCCAAGCCCACCCUAGAAUGCUUUUUUGUUCCUGGAUGUGUGUCUGUGGGCCUGGGAUGAGGGGUUUGAGGGGAGGUGUUGACUUGGAGCGAUGUGUAGAUUUCAUUGCCAGGCAUUGAGAGGUUUAUUCAAGCAAUGUGAAUAAGCUGUUAAUACUGUCUAUAUACAUGCACAGGAAGCUAACAAGCCCUUUAUUACUUUAAUAUUACAUUUAUCUGCCAUGUAUUAUAAACUAAAUUCCAUCGUUAGCAGUGAUGUUUUAAAUUCAAUUCUUUUUUUUUCUUUGCACUGGUUCUCAGCCAUGUUACACACAUAACCGGUACAGGGUGUCUCCCCUCCUCCCCUCACUCGAUUUCCAGGCCCAGAUACUCUGUAUAUAGAAUACAUUCAUAACCGGCUGUUAAUGUUUCACUGGUUUUCAACAUCUCAGCUCAUUUCAGACUGAAAACAAUAGCUUAAUAUAAUAUUUCUGGUGGUGUCGAUUAUAUCUCAUUUGUUCUUGCUCUGUUUUAUUUGAGUGGCUGUCCUUGUUGAUGAGCGUUAUAAAUGUAGCUUUAAAUUAGGUUCUGAUUGCAACAGAGUCGACUCAUAAACCACACAAGGACGAGUUGAAAGAGAUUCAUAGUCUGUCUCCCUCCAUUUUUUUAUUAUUAUUCUAUACUGAAAAGAUGUCAACAAGAUUGACUGUUCUAAUCCAAGCACUUCUAGCCACUGAGCCUUACAAGAAGCCACUCACAACAGGGACGCUGUAGUUGAUUACCAGAACACUAUGCACACACCCCCAGUAGAGAGAGAGAAAGCCAGACUGAAGUCUGUCUGCGCUUUCAGACGUUGAAGUUUGAAUAAUCCUUUUAGUCUCAGCUCGAUCCCUGUGAGGUUUGCUGCCUCGGAGUCGAAUCUAAUUCCAAGAUGAGCUGGUUUAAAAAGAGCACAUUUCUCUUAAAGAGGAUUAAACUUGGUGCUCCAGGGUGUCAAGGUGGGAUCUGGGUUACAGAGUAGGAAAAUGUGCUGUUUAUCCUUAAGAACAUCUAUUAUUAUGACAGUUAUCAGUUCUGCUUCCAUGAAUCAGAUAUAUUGUAAAUAGCUGGCCUUUAAAUGUUCUCACAGGGUUCAUACAAUAAAUACAUGCUAUUAGGCAUAAUCAUACCAGGAAAUGUAAAAAAGAAACAUGGGACUUCACAUUAUAGAAAGGACUAACUCUGUCAUUUCAUAGAUUUUUAACCUGUGUUUGGGGGGGGGGGGGCAUAUUUUUCAGCUCGUAUAUUAUUUAUAACCUGGUUUUUUUUGGUCGCACUUCUAAUGGCUUGAUCCAGCUUCCUUCUUACCCAGUUCCUUCGCUUUUCAUCCAGAUUUAUGUGAAUUCAGCUGCAGGGAUUGGUUUCAUUGGUUUAUCCGCUGAAUGUUGCCUGAUUUGUUUUUUUAAGGGUUUCUUUUUUUUUUUACAUAUAUUAUAAUUUAAAUAUUUUUUUUUCAUGAUCUCAAGGUGUUGGGGGGGGGGGAGAGAUAAUGGUCCACUUAGAUUUUCUUUCCUUUUUGAUCAGUUGUUGUGGUGAGUUGGUGGUUGGAGUUUUGGUGUACAAGUGCAGGUCCUAUCUAGAGAAGCAGCCUAGAACAUGGAGAAUAAUCACACAUAAUUACACAAACAUUAAAAGAAAGAUUUAAAGAUAUCUCAAAUUUCUUUCAGAAUGAGGUUUUUGUUGUCUGUGGGUUUUUUUCUCCUGGCCUUGCUUUCAGUGACAGAGCUUGAAAACCUAAAAGAAAAUCAGUGUAAAAUCUUCAGAAUAAUUUCCAUGAUAGAUUUUUUUUAAGUUGUUUAAGUUCCCAUAUGACUGUCACUCCAGCUUGUCCAUGAGAAGACUAAAAUCUACAUGAAGAUGUGGGAAUACUGUGUGUAUGUAUCAUCCCUCCUUCCUCUUUCCCUCCCCUCUGAAUCUGCAGGAAGGGGUCGGAAACCGGUCCUCAAACAUCUUUUCUUUUUGUUUUGCAAACCUUUAUGAAGUGCCUCUGUAGCAAUUAAUGGAUUUUUAAUAAUCAUCAUGACCUGAUUUAGGAAGAAAAGUAAAUAAAGAGGUGUGUACAAUAAAGGGACCAGUUUUGGUG